AUGACCUACAGUGGGAGUUGCAUAACUAUAGGGAAGGUUGCUGGAAGCUCUUCAUGGCUUCGAAACAUAAACCUCCAAAGCAUAAUUGUAGAUUUGAUGGCACUUACCGACCAGAAGGUCUUCUCAAUCAUAAUUGUAAAAGGACAAAUGAUGACCUACAGUGGGAGUUGCAUAACUAUAGUGAAGGUUGCUGGAAGCUCUUCAUGGCUUCGAAACAUAAACCUCCGAAGCAUAAUUGUAGAUUUGAUGGCACUUACCGGCCAGAAGGUCUUCUCAAUCAUAAUUGUAAAAGGACAAAUGAUGACCUAUAGUGGGAGUUGCAUAACUAUAGUGAAGGUUGCUGGAAGCUCUUCAUGGCUUCGAAACAUAAACCUCCAAAGCAUAAUUGUAGAUUUGAUGGCACUUACCGACCAGAAGGUCUUCUCAAUCAUAAUUGUAAAAGGACAAAUAUUGAUGAACUACAGUGGGAGUUGCAUAACUAUAGGAAAGGUUGCUGGAAGCUCUUCAUGGCUUCGAAACAUAAACCUCCGAAGCAUAAUUGUAGAUUUGAUGGCACUUACCGACCAGAAGGUCUUCUCAAUCAUAAUUGUAAAAGGACAAAUGAUGACCUACAGUGGGAGUUGCAUAACUAUAGGGAAGGUUGCUGGAAGCUCUUCAUGGCUUCGAAACAUAAACCUCCAAAGCAUAAUUGUAGAUUUGAUGGCACUUACCGACCAGAAGGUCUUCUCAAUCAUAAUUGUAAAAGGACAAAUGAUGACCUACAGUGGGAGUUGCAUAACUAUAGGGAAGGUUGCUGGAAGCUCUUCAUGGCUUCGAAACAUAAACCUCCAAAGCAUAAUUGUAGAUUUGAUGGCACUUACCGACCAGAAGGUCUUCUCAAUCAUAAUUGUAAAAGGACAAAUGAUGACCUACAGUGGGAGUUGCAUAACUAUAGUGAAGGUUGCUGGAAGCUCUUCAUGGCUUCGAAACAUAAACCUCCGAAGCAUAAUUGUAGAUUUGAUGGCACUUACCGGCCAGAAGGUCUUCUCAAUCAUAAUUGUAAAAGGACAAAUGAUGACCUACAGUGGGAGUUGCAUAACUAUAGUGAAGGUUGCUGGAAGCUCUUCAUGGCUUCGAAACAUAAACCUCCGAAGCAUAAUUGUAGAUUUGAUGGCACUUACCGACCAGAAGGUCUUCUCAAUCAUAAUUGUAAAAGGACAAAUAUUGAUGAACUACAGUGGGAGUUGCAUAACUAUAGGAAAGGUUGCUGGAAGCUCUUCAUGGCUUCGAAACAUAAACCUUCGAAGCAUAAUUGUAGAUUUGAUGGCACUUACCGACCAGAAGGAUGAAAGCAUGGAAGUAAAUGAGGCCGGUUCCAAGUUUCAUGCCGCGUGGAAUCCAAAGCAAGGUGGUUUUAGAGCUGCCAUGUUUGUUUUCGCUUUUGCGGGGUUUGAGAAUAUGGGCUUCAUAGCCAACAUGGCGAGCUUGGUGCUAUAUUUCUCGGGAGUGAUGCACUUUGAUCUAUCCGACUCCGCGACCACUCUCACCAAUUUCAUGGGUGCAACUUUCCUACUUACGAUCAUUGGAGGUUUCAUCUCAGAUACAUACAUGACCAGGCUCAAUACAAUUCUUAUGUUUGGACUGAUUGAAAUUUGGGGCUACAUUCUUCUCACACUUCAAGCUCGGUACAGGAGUCUGCAACCUGAUCAAAACUGCUUGACGUGCCACCUGAAGGGUGGCAAUGCUUGGAUGUUCUACAUUACAUUGUGCCUACUGGCCUUGGGCUGUGGAGGAAUUAGGGGAUGUGUCCCUGCACUUGGAGCUGAUCAGUUCGACAAGAACCAUCCAAAGGAAAGGAAGCAUUUGACCAGCUACUUCAACUGGCUUUUGCUCAGUGUCACCUCCGGCGCAACAUUAGGUGUCACGGUCAUCGUGUGGGUUUACACUGAGAAAAGUUGGUCAAUGGGCUACUUCAUUUCGAUGUUGCUUGCCUUGGUGGGUUUCAUCUUCAUCACUCUGGGGAAGCCCUUCUACCGAGUCCGAUUCGCCGGAGAAGGGCCCCUUCUUAGGAUUUUGCAGGUCAUAGAGCUAGCAAUCCGAAACCGGAAGUUGUCACUGCCUGAAAAUUCUAAUCAAUUGUUUGAGAUUAAUGAGAAGGAAAGUGAAUUUGUCGAAGAUAAAAUUCCACAUUCCAACCAAUUCAGGUUUUUGGACAAAGCGGCCGUCCUGCCCAAAGGCACCACCACGGAACCAUUGAAGGUCUGCUCGGUGACCCAAGUGGAGGAGGUAAAGAUCCUGGUCCGGAUGCUUCCCAUCCUGGCCAGCACCAUCCUCAUGAACACCUGCCUCGCCCAGCUGCAGACCUUCUCCGUCCAGCAGGGCAACAUCAUGGACCUCCACCUCGGCUCCUUCAAAGUCCCCGCAGCCUCCAUCCCCGUCAUCCCCCUCUUCUUUAUGUCCCUCCUCAUCCCCGUCUACGAGCUUUCCUUCAUCCCCCUUGCCCGCCGCAUCACCGGCCACCCCUCCGGCAUCACCCACCUCCAGCGCGUCGGCGUUGGCUUAGUCCUCUCCAUUGUUUCCAUGGCUGUCGCCGCUGUCGUCGAAGUGAAGCGUCGCAAUGCUUUCAACCACCAUCUCAAGCAAAUCAGCCUCUUCUGGUUAUCCUUCCAGUAUGGUAUUUUCGGUAUCGCCGACAUGUUUACACUAGUAGGAUUGAUGGAGUUCUUCUACAGUGAGGCUCCGGCAGGCAUGAGGUCGCUCUCGACAUCCUUCUCGUGGCUCUCCCUCUCACUUGGCUACUUUGUUAGCACGGCUUUUGUGCGCGCCAUUAACGGGAUAACAAAGAGACUGGCACCAAGUAGACAUGGGUGGCUGUAUGGGAAAGACCUGAACAAGAACAACUUGGAUCUGUUCUAUUGGUUUCUGGCCAUACUUAGCUGCCUUAACUUCUUGGUAUAUUUGUUUUGUGCCAAGUGGUAUAAGUACAGGAAGGAGGGGGGCCAAGCUAGUCGGAUUGACGAUGGUGUGGAGAGAGGCAAUAGUGCUAGGACUGCCACGAAGGAAGAAGAAGAAGAAGAAGCCACGAAGAAUAUGCAGCAGGUCACUUGAUCUGUCGAUGGUUCGGGCUCAAGUGUUUUGGAGGACGAGGUGGUGAUGUGCUAAGGUUCAUGUAAUGUUAUGCUUCAAGCUAAACAUUGCUCCUGGGUGCGUAGAAGAAUGUGUUGGUGCAUUUUAAUAUUAAAAAUUAAUAUUUAUAUUAUUUAUGAGGUUCACGUAUUUCAUGUAUUUCAUGGUUCAUGUAUUUGGGGAGAUGAAUGGGAAUGAUUCAUGAACUGCUUUGGGAAAUG